GCGGGAACUCGUCAAAACGCUGGAGCGACAAAUCGCGCCUGCGACAGCGAGCGAACUGGCCUUCGCGCUGGCUCUCGCUUCAGCGCGAACGUCGAAAGCGCAGCGCAUGCGAAGCUACCGGCACUUGGCGAAUGCCCUUCGGCCGAUCGCAGAUAGCUUUGAAGAUGAGGCCGCCGCGGGCGCACACUUCAGCCGCGUCGCAGAUCGUUUUCAAGAUAGCUCCGUGAGCAGCAGCCGCGUAAGCAGAACGCCCCCCCCCCUCCCCCCCCCUCCCUUCUCUGUCGCUUCCUCGCGCGUGAACGAAGAGUGUGCACCUUCACUCGCAUACACAACGCACGGCGCGCGGCGACGAUUUUAUAAUCGUUGAACUUUAUACGGAACAUCACGACGACGGCAACGGUGACGGCAUAAAUGCGCUUGGAGUAUCCAUAUAAUUGCUAUCGCAAUAAAAUAAAAUAGUAUUCCGGUGAAAAGAAGAUAAAAAGACAACACGUAACUGGUGGAAUAUUGAAAUCAGAAAGGCAAUCGAAAAAGCCUGUGCAAAGCAUCCGGAAUCCGGAUAGCACAGACAUGAGAAAAAGGCACAACAGAGAAAAUCGAUUUAAAAAAUGGGGCUUAUAUAGCGACAGAAGUGGGAAGUCCGGAACCUGAUCUAGCGGAAAAUUAAAGCCAAAAAUCGCUAGCUUUUAGGAGUAGGUGGGACAACCUAAAGUACUCGAAAAAGUUUUCUGAAAUGACGCGAAAUAUCUAGGGGAAAAAAUAAAAUUGUACAGGCUUGUCGAGGACCAGGGGAAUCGCUUGGAAGGGGAAUAUGCAAUGAAAUGCAUUGCCGGAAACAUAGCUGAGUCAUUUGAGAGUAGUGAAAGUAGAGGCCUGGAGUGGUCGACCACAAAUCCACAAACCUCAAAAUUGCCCGACUGGUCGCUCGAGCCACUUUGCGUGCAUUCGUGGGCAUCUUUCACGCUCGGAAAAACACUUUUAUGUGGCACGUAUUGAGCAACAGACAGCUACGUCGGGAGUCUGUUGCUCAACAAUUUUCUCACAGACACUUUUAAUCUAAAUGUAAUAUUUGAGAAGUUGAUUAGUUAAGACUAGUUAUGUAAUUAGGCGGAAUGCAAAAAUAACCUGAGUAUCUCCAAUCGACUGUAAACAACGUUACUUUGGCUCUGUCCAGCUACGUGGCAUUUGCGUUCGAAUUCGGUUACAUUCGUCAAAGGCAAUGUGAAGGUUGGUUUGGAAUAGGCACAAUCUCUGUAUGUGUCUCGUUUUUUUUUAUGCGCAGACCGGACGAUGCGGUGACGUUUAAGCACGCGAAAAGUGAGAAUGGCGUCGAGGUUCUUCAAGACACCAUUGAAAUCACCAACAGCAGCAGCCGAACGGUCCACUUUCGGUUUGCGGACGACCCCGAGUUCAAAUUCUCGCCGCAUGCAGGCUUCAUCGCGCCGCAGUCUACAACGGUUGUUAUAGUGACCUUCUUCAAUGUGGACGGCCACUGCCAACCGCGGAGAUCCUCGGUGGUACUCCGUUCCAUCAGAGUCCGCAGCGAAGACCAGCAAGAAGUCGAGAGGCUUUGGAAGCGGACGCCCACGGAGCUUAUUGGAGAAAAGAGAUGGAAGUUGCAGUUCGAGAAAGACCAGCUGCUCGCCACAGCUCCAUCUACGAUGCCGUGUACAGGACGUGAACCACUGUCAAGCAAAGCAACCACUGGCGCUGGUGACGGAAAAUGGAUCGCGAACACCGCUAAAACGGGCAAGUCACGGCUUCCGGCAGCGACUCUGGCUACAGAGUGUGGCAACUGGCUUCUGCGCUUCCAGCUGCAGUUCGCUGUCAUAGUGAUGGGUGCCGUGGUGCUAUCCGCCUACUACUCGUGGGGGAUUGCCAAGUCCAGACAUGCACCGGACACGCCGGAUUCGGCACAUACACGGAUGUCACACAGCGCUGAAGCAAACAAGUCAUCGCCGCCGGCAGCGACUGAGGCCACGGAGUGCGCGAGAUGGCUCGUGCUCACAGAGCUGCUGUUGACCGUCGCCGUCGUUAUGGACGCCUACCUCGCGCUGUGGCUAGUCAAGUCGAAGAAAGCCCCGGAUGUACCAGAUGCGCCGAGUUUGACGGACAGAAGCUGCUCCAAAACUUCCUUGGCCGCUUCCAUCCUUCCAAAAAGGUACAAGCGACUACACGGCUGGCUAUCAACAUCGUGGGCCACGUACGCCGCCAAUACAAGCAAGUCUUGGCUUUCGGCAGCGACUCGGGCCGUGCAGUGCGCCAGGAGGCCCCUGCGUUCGCGACGGCUGUUGGCCGUCGUCGUGAUGUGCGCCGUAGUGCCGACCGCCUAUCACGAGCUGUGGGUAGCCAAGUCCACGCAUGUGCAGGACGCGCCGGACUCUGCACAUACAUGGACCACCUACAGCAGUCGGAGCAACCAAGCCAUCGCUGCCGGCAGCGGCUCGGGCAGUGGAAUGCGCCGGCUGGCGCCUUCUCUCGCAGCUGCUGUUGGUAGUCGUCAUUAUGAUUGGCGCCUGCCUCGGGCUGUGUAUACUCAAGUCCAAGCGAGCGCCGGAUGUGCCACGUACGCCAAGUUUGACAGACACAGAGCUCUCACUGACCUCCUCCUCUUGUGUGUUCUGGACGCUCGACAGCAUGCGAAAAGACAUGGAUUCCAUUCGGUCGAGGUAGAUUCACGGAUAAUGAUCCUCGUGGCGGCAGCAAUCUUUCUAGCCGCUUUGGUUCUGCGGUCCUCCAGCAAUGCCACUACAUGUCCACCUACCAAGUGUCCCGUAAAGAUAAACAGAGCAAAGCUGUAG